AGCUCUUAUAAUUACCUGAAGAACAGGUGUCGUAAGUCAGAGUGGAAGAGUCCGCUGUCUGUCAGUCACACCUUGCCGACACAACGUCGGCUCGAACGACUAAAGUUGGGAUUUUAACUUAUUUAAGCUGAUUUAUUAAGGGGUUGAGUGUUGUCUUCACACGGUGGGCACAACAUGCGGGGACGUUUUAAUCGUAAGGACACUUACUGGGAAACUGACGUGCCCACAGCAGUGGAGGUGGAAUCCCCAGGCGAGCUGUCCCCUCUACCCGGGGGAUCAACCAGCUCGGAUUGGCCCGACACCCCCGUGUCUGGGUCAGCUCACACCCAUCCGGAGGAACCAGACCCCCCCGUGUCAGGGUCAGCUCACAUGGGCUUGGACCACCCUCACCAGAAAAGCUCUGACUACAACCUUGAGAAGCGAUACCUUGGGGUGCGUGUCAAAAUGCCAGUGAAGGACAUGCUGAGAAGCAUCCGCCUGGCCCAGGGAUGUGACCCACAAGAGCUGCAGGAGAAAAGUCUCAAAAGAUCUAAAGGAGAUAAGAAACGAGUGAAUACUUGCAAAGAGCGCCAAUCUAACAAGAGGAAGCGCCCCAAUAAAAGCCUCGAGGAGCUGGCUAUCAUUGUGGAGGUGCUGGAGGAGGACCUCAAAAUGGGCAACACUUCCCAUCGGCCCUCCGCCGCCUCCAACCCCUCCCCCGCCUUCCUGCUGUCCUUCAAGUCUACGGAGCCCAGCAGCCCUACCUGGGGCGGCACGCCGCCGGGCUACGGCCAGGCCUCCUGCAGCAGCCCCGAGUCGGGGCCCUUGAGCAGCUGUGGCUCGGCCUCCGACCCCCACAGCCCCUCCAGCGACAGCAUGAGCGACGGCGGCUCCAGCGAUCGUCUGUCCCAAUGCCUCCCUUCGUAUCAGCAGUGCAUGGCCGGUUACCAUAGCGCCGCUGACGACAGUGACGGCAUGAUCCCCAGCCCCGAGUACACGGCGGCCCUCUCCUCGCCGGGCCCCGCUGAGUUCUGGCGAGCAGCUUCUCCCCACAGCCCAGACUUCGCCCCCCCCCCCGGCCACGACCUGUUCAGGGACCACGGGGUCGAAGGCCACUGCGACGACAUUGGUGGUCUGGAGAGUGGGUGGUUCAGCUCUGGACACGGCGUCGGUCAGAGCAGCGGCGCCUACUUCGUCAGCCAGCUGCAGAGAGAGGAGAACGAGCUGGAGGACGUGUGUGAUAGCAGGUUGCUUGCAACGGACGGACAGGGCAGGAUGGCUCUGCACCGAGUGGCCUGUCUAGGGAAGAGGGCUCAGGGAUACGCCAUUGCCAAACGAAUGGCGAGCAUCCACUGUUUGGACCUCAAGGACUCUGAGGGAAUGACUUCCCUUCACCUGGCGGCCAGGCACAACCAGCACCUGAUGGUGGCUGACCUCAUCGGCCUGGGCGCCAAUGCCAAUGAGAAGGACGCAUCUGGGAAGACCUGCCUCCACAUCUGUGCUGAGAGAGGCUACAUCCGCGUGCUGGAGGUGUUGAAACACAUGAUGUCCGAUGGCGUGUUCGUCGAUAUGGAUGCCACUGAUAACUAUGGACUGAGCGUGCUGCAGUGUGCCGCUCUGGGCCUGAGCGCUGCGGUCCAGGAGCUGGAGGGGAGGGCCUGCCUGGGCCGGGCCCGGCUGCACACCCUCCGCAAGGAGCAGAUGAUGGAGACCCUGGAGUGUCUGCUGCAGAUGGACAACCGCCCACCCGCACCGGGUGGUGCUUACCGAGACACGGCGUUUGAUGUGCGCCGUGAAAUGGAGCCCGACCAGUUUAUGCAAGGACUGAAGUCCUACAUAAAGAAAGGGAACUCCGUGACCAAGACCUGGUCAAACCUUUAAAAGGACCUUCUUUUAUACCUGACAGUAAUGUUUCGGCGUUUGUUGGAGCUUGAACUUGUCCUGGAAGUUGAAAAAGACGCUUGUGCCAUUGAAAACUUCAACUCAUUAUCUCUGAAGUAUUUCCCUUGAGGCCUUUUCUUAAUGGCGGUGCUCUUUUCGCUCUAAGGCAAAUGUCAUUCUCAUUAUGUCAAGCAUCUGACGUCUUAUGCAAGGUGGAACAACCUGACUCCGUCAGUUGUGUUUUGGCUUGCGUAACACUUUCAGGUGCCCGUUGGCUGGUUUCUAUGAAACUUCCAUUGUUUAUUACAUUGUAGUAACAUGUUCUCCAUAGUUCGGAACCUUGUGGAACAAUCCAAUAUGGAUGGUUUACAAAUUGGUAGACCGGCAUGUGUUGUUGGUUGAGGUCUAAGUUUUAAACCUCAGCCGGUUCUAUUGUGUAGGCUGCCCUGAGCACUUUUAAAAUAGUGUCCCCCAGUAUGUUACUAAAGUACUAUUACCUUACAAGAUGAGAGGAUUCCCUCCACAAAUUUGCUGAACCUAUAUGAAUAUCUUUGUUUCUCAUAUGCAUAGAUGAAUGAAAAAUGUGAGUAAUGUUUCAAUAUUUAAAAUGUUGACUUUAAAGCAGAUGGACUGUGCCAUGUCAGAAGAAACCACAGUUCUAUGUCCAUAUUAUCCAUAGCCAUGUUCUUGAUAGCGUAACAAACCAGGUGGAGCAAUGGUAUGCAGCAUUAUAGCUGUAGCAAAGCAUUUUUGACAUAGCCAUUGUAAACAGCUUAAAUAUAUUUUAUCAUAAUGUAUAUUUUAUAACAUUAGGAUUCUCUAAAUAUUCCAUAUAUGAUUCUGCUGUGUCUUCCUUUUUUUGGAUAAAGUAAGAUAUGAUUGAUGUACCACAAGUACAUGCUUUCCCCCCACAUCUCCUCCUUAAUACAGUUGAUUUGAUCCUGCAAUAAAAAUCUAGAAUUGUGGCCCAAUAUUUAUAGGCAGUAAAUGUUAUCAGCCAUUCUGUUUUGAUGUGGUUAAGAGGAUGCUUAAUCAUUUUUUGUUGCCUUAAUCGCAAGGCUUACGCAUGGGUUCAAGUUAAAUAUUUAACAGCAAGUUAAAACUGUAUAUAUUUAACAGCUGUUGAUCAAUAAGUGCAUCACUGUUUUGUUAAUGUGGAAGCGUAAAACUUUUGUUAUUGUUUACUGCAUUACCUUUUAUUUUAUCAGGGGAAAACAUUAAAGGCUCACAUGUGAAUGUAGCCAUUUCAAUAAUUUCAAUGACUUUCUUCGAGUACUCAGCAUUUUGAGAAUCCCACAUGCAGUGUAUCACAAUGACCUGCUCCCCAUUUCCCAUUUAUUUCAACACUGUCAUGAACACGUGUCUGUUUAUACAAUAUAUAUGUGUACAAUAUUAUGUGCAAUAUAUUACUUUUAUUUUUUGGGAUGGUUAUAUAGUUUUGUGUGCGUAUAAAGUGGGUUAUAUUGAGGGUUAGUUGGGAUGGUUAUAUAGUUGUGUUUGCUUAGGUUAUAUUGAGGGAAAGUUGGGAUGGUUACAUAGUUUUGUGUGCUAACACAGUGGGUUAUAUUGAGGGUUAGUUGGGAUAGUUAUAUAGUUUUGUGUGCGUGUACAGUGGUUUGUAUUGAUGAUUUAUUAGCUUGCUGAUUAUAUUACGGUUUCUUUGAUCAUGAGUAGAAAUUAAAGUCUGACCAAA